UCGAACUCAUAGUAGGGAGAAAACCUGUACUCAAUGCCGAGCUAACAGUAUAGCAGUUGUAAGAGCUUUAUUAUAUCGCCGACGACAGUAUCUCAGGCCGCCAUAGAUUGGCCUUACUUGGGACGCCGACGCCAAGCUCACGUGAGCCGGGGCAACGCCGGUUCUACGACCGCGUCAAAGCUCUGCGCUGCGCAGCUCCUUACAGAAAAAGUUGGCUUGACUUUGUCAAUAUCCGCCCAUCUAUCGUCCAUCUCGUCGUCGUCGCCAACCCGUCAAAUUGUACUGCGGUCGUUCUUCUACGCUGUCUCUACCCUAGCACGAAAGUCUCAUUGAAAUUCGCCCCGGGACCUUGUGCCACUUCUACCUUACGUCUUCCUCGCCAUGGCGCUCGACACGAAAGAUGUACCGCUAGUGAUUCCCCAGCCAUCAACCACAGGGGGCAUAUUUGGAAGAGUCCAAGAUGUAUAUACUGCCUACUCGGAACGAAGGGCUGCAUUAGGUCUAUCGAACCCAGGGACAGUGGAUAAUAUCUCGCGAGAGGUGACGAGUGGAGUCUUUCUAAACAACCAGAGCUUCUCUGGUUUGCGCGCCGACAUCACCAAAGCAUUCAGCGUAUCGCCUUUGUUUCAAAUAUCUCAUGCCCUCUCCAUGGGUUCACAAGGCCUGCCGCCAUAUGGGUUCACAGCGCUCUUCGGAAACAAUAGGGUUUUCUGCCAGGCCAAUAUUGACAACGAUUUCGCUCUACAAGCACGUUUCAAUUAUCGCUGGACACCUUCUCAAGUAACAAAGACGAACGUUCAACUGGCCCCCCAAGCUGGUGGUUCCAUGAUAUCCCUUGAGCAUGACUUUACUGGUGACGACUUUACGGCAUCAAUAAAGUCCAUGAACCCAUCGAUACUGGAUGGGGGGCUGACCGGGAUCUUUGUGGGCAGCUAUCUUCAAUCCAUCACUCCUGCUCUCUCUCUUGGUCUUGAGGGGGUCUGGCAACGUGCGGCUACUACACACGGUCCUGAGGUAGCUCUCUCAUAUUCUGGAAAAUACAAGGGUGAAGACUGGCAGAUUAGUGCGCAGGUCCUGGGUCAAGGUGCUAUUGAAGCAGCGUACUGGAAGAAAUUGACCGACAAACUUGAAACUGGUGUGUCUACCAGUCUGCAGUUUGCUGGUCUGAGUGGCGCGUCCAUGAUGGGCGGUCCUUCGAAAGAAGGAACUACAACAAUCGGCGCCAAGUAUGAUUUUAGACAGUCACAAUUCCGUGCUCAGAUCGAUAGCAAUGGAAAGGUGUCGGCAUUGUUGGAGAAGCGUGUAGCACAAUCGGUUCAGGUCACCUUCUUCGGUGAAAUUGAUCACUACAAGCCCGCCCCGAAACUUGGUCUCGCAGUCUCCAUCGAAGCUGCCGGCGAAGAGGUAUUGGAACAGCAAGAAAAGCUAGGCGAAGCACCCGCGAUCCCCUUCUAAACCACAACAACUAUAUUCCCGGCGUAAUUUUGCCGACAGCGUUUCAGACAUGCGAAAUCUUCUGCAAUCUGUAUUAACAAAAGUCAUGCAUGGAGAACGCCUUUCGACCACCUCUCAAUCGAAACUGGCGUCUCUCCAAAGGAUUAUCUGCAUAGAAAGCUAUCAAUCGAGUUUCUAAGCCGAGACACGAAUGUAUACGGAAGGGCACCUUUAUCUCUUGGAUCGAAGUAAGCAAAGCAUAAUCGUUCCGCUGUCACGAAUGGUGGCUGUAUUGAUGUGGAUGGAACGCGGCGCAUGUGUUCAAAUGAGUGGGUUGCGUGUGGCCCUUGUAAUUGUAUAUAUUGCCCGUUUUAGAUGAUGGAACCUUUUCUUCUCUGCAAUUGAUUGCUUCGAAAUUCGUGAAUU